AUGAUCAUUAGUAGUAGCUCAUUGAGAGUGCCUCCAUGUGCAAAGUGCGGGCAUGACCCGAACAUGAAACGGGGAGUGCUAAGAACUUGCAUCGAUUGCUUCCUAAAAGGCCACCACCUGCUUCGCUUUGAAUAUGAGGUCUCUCGACUCCACUUCAUAUUCAAACAUAAAGGAACUUGCAGUACUGAGUGUUGCUAUUCGAACGAGGAAACUAUACGUCGUGCCACCGAGAUUUUCAACAAAGAGGUUCAUGGGAAGGGGUUUGGUGACUACAACUUGCUUGAUAACAACUGUGAAAACUUUGCCAGUUUUUGCAAAAGAGGCACGCCCGUGAGCGAGCAGGCUCUCAAGGCAAUGGGUAUUGCAACUGCAUCCUCUAGCACCGAUACUCCAUCCUCAUCUACUUCCAAGAUUGCCAUGUUUCUUUCUUCUUCUUCUUUUUCUUCCAAGUGUUCUUAA